UCUUGCCUUUCUCUCUCGCCGCCAUCUCUCUUCGUCGUCUUGCCUUGCGAGGCCGUCCCAACGUCAGUGAUCAAACAUGCUGCUACGCCCUUCAUGAUCAGAACGAGGCCGUCGCUGGCGGAAACCACCCGCGCAUUUCCUCCAGACGUCGCCUCGCAGAUUUACACCUGGGCAGAUCGACCAUCCAACGCCGUCGUGCUGAGGAACACUCAUCUAGCCAAUAUCGCUCUAUUCGGAGGACAUGCUGCUGCUGCUGGCCUGCCCAUCUAUCAACACGGGCAGCGUCCCUGCCUAUAUGCAACCAUUGCCGGCAUCAUCGUUGGCGUAUCUGAAAAGGAUCACCGAUGGGAUUACCUUGUGGACGAUGGGAGCUGCGUUGUCGACGUUAGCAUACAUGAGCGCAACAUACCAGCGGCGGUGGCGGCGCGAGCUCGAUAUGGACCCACGUCAUCUAGAGUGACGUUAGAAGCCCAGCCAAGUCGGAUCGUGCCCACCCUCAAUGUUGGCGACCUGAUGCGAGUGACUGGCAAGAUCUGGAGGCAGCCCAUGUCGACGGACAAGCGACGGCCCCGCUACAGAGUCGGACUAGACGCUCACGAUGCUGCCUUGCUCAACGGCGACCCAACGGCAGAGGCGCGCCACAAUCUCGAAGCGCACCGGCUCUUCAGCGAAAGGUACUCAAAGCCCUUUGAUGCGCCUGUCGAGGCUCUUGGUGUCAUCCACAUUCAGCUGCCACACCGAGAGCAGGAGAGAGAAAGGUUGGAGGAGCGUUUCAGCUACGAUUUGAGACGUCUAGGCGGGCUCGAUGACGACGAGGACGACGAUGACGAUGGCAAAGAGCGCAAGGUUGCACAUAACACGCUUCUGCCCUUUCGACGGAUACCCAAGGCGGAACGCGAGCGUGAACGAAUGGCAAGGGCUAACAGAGCGAGCACGAGGCCACCGAUAAGCCCGUCAACGAAGGAGUCGCAGCUUUGCGAGUUCAGGGCACCCCGCUGGCCGGACCCAGUAAACGCACCCACGCCUGCGCUCACCCCGCCGCCACCACCAUCAUCAACGAGCGUCCGCCAGCUACGUACGCCGUCCAAGCUCAAAGCCUCGCAGUGCACGCAGCACGCUUUUCGCCUCUACGUCCAGAAAUUCCUCCGUGACCACUGCCAACGAAGGUGGCAGGCCGCUGAAGGUGACGAAAUCUCCUCGCUACCACCAGCCUUCUCGCUGGCGUUUCUUAUGCGGGUGAAAUCCCUUUGCGACCUCGCCGACAGAGUAGUGGAGCAGCUCUUCAACCAGCGAGAUACCAAGGCGGCGCCGCGUCCCGCUCGCUCGUCGUCCUCGCACGCAACCAGCUCUCGUGAGCCUCGUCAAGACAAGGUACGGCGUCUCUUCGAGUGGUGCAUCCGGCAACUCAUACAGGACGGCGUCAUCGCCAUUGCGGACGAGGAGGCGACCUGGCCCUUCGACGGCGGGCAUCAAGCGCCGUGCGGCGAGUCGUGGGCGGCAAAGGUGAAGCGGACGCGACACCAGCGUAAGCUACUCGCGCAGCUCUCCAAGGCGGAUUUCGCGUCAUCUCGCGCGCCGCAGUGGGCUGACGUGUCAAUGCCGCUACACGACGCAGACGACGAUCACGAUGACUCCACAGCACGUAAGCGCGCCAAGCAGGACACGGAAGCGUACCAGUAUGUCACACCGCAGCUACUGCUCGCACCCUUACUACCCAUCCUACAAGGCGCUGCAGAGGGGCAAGAGCUGGACGUUGAUGUUGACUGGGCAGUGUGGCGGCUAAGACGCAGCGAUCAGCGGUGGGCGCACACUGGAUGGGACGCCGUGCGCGAUGCAUUGGCAUUGAUGGCGAGACGUGGAGCUUCAUGACGGCGCAGAACGAGUAAGGGCGAGCCCACUUUUACCAUAACACAAAAGCACAGCAGGUACCGAGUGCGCCCUCGAGUUCUUGAUCGCGAAUUUAGGCGCAGCGCAGCUCUGCAGGACGCGUACAUAUGAUACAUCCAUUGAUAUUUACUCGGCGUCACGACAAAGCUUGCUGCCGUCGGGAAAAAGUUCUGACUUGUUACAGCAUUUGAUGUGCUCGCGGCCAUAUAUGUCGUAUGUAC